AAAAGGCGAAAAGUUAAAAAUUGUUAUUAUAGGAUUUUUGAUUUUAUAAAUAUUUCCGGUCUUUUUUCCAUUAGUUCUAAAGAAAAUUAGAUUACCUUCAUACCGUAACUACAGCUAAAGGCCUGUCAGUUCAAUAUACUGGUGUAUUUGUUAUUAAUGCCCUUCCUUGACCCAUUGCCGAAAUAAUAAAAGAUGUUAUCCAAACACAGGCUUCUAUCUAAAUUAAAAGCAAGGGCAAGUUUCCAUUGUAAUGUUCUCUCAACACAAGCGUCAGUGGGAAAGAUAGACAUCCCAUUUUCAAAUGAAACUUCACUAAAGCUAUCGACGGGUCAAUAUGCGCGCUUUGCCGAUGGCGCUUGUGUGGCUACGCUCGGGAACACCAGUGUGCUGGCAACAGUGGUGUCCAGAGCCAAGCAGAGUAGCAGUUCGUUCCUGCCGCUGGUUGUGGAUUAUAGGCAGAAAGCAGCCGCAGCUGGGCGGAUACCUACUAAUUUCUUGAGGAGAGAACUGGGUCCCACAGAACGCGAAAUCCUGACCUCCCGCCUGAUAGACCGCUCACUCCGGCCCCUCUUCCCGAGCAACUACUUCUACGACACACAAAUAGUCUGCAACAUGCUGGCUGUAGACUCAACGAACCCUCCGGAGACGGUUGCCAUCAAUGCUGCAAGUGCUGCGCUGGCGUUGUCAGAUGUGCCGUGGAAUGGACCCAUUGGGGCUGUCAGACUAGGCCUGAUAGACAACGAAGUAAUAAUCAACCCCACCCGCAAGGAUCUCCAGACUUCCCUGUUAAACUUAGUCGUAGCCGCGACCUCCCAAAACCUAGUUGUGAUGCUGGAAGGCAGCGCCAACGACAUACUGCAGCAGGAUCUGCUCAAGGCCAUCAAAACAGGAACCAAAGAAGCAAUGCACAUAGUCCGCGGCAUCGAGAAAUUGCAAAAGGAACACGGCAAGACAAAGAGAGAGUACGAUACGCAGAUACCCGUCCCACAGAACGUUGUGGACGCCGUCAAGACACUGUCUACUAUGAAGAUUAGAGAGAUUCUGAGUGAUUACUCCCACGAUAAGACCUCUCGUGACAUCGCGGUAUCAGACCUUCGGCAGACAGUCCUCGAUCAGCUCCGAGAAGAAGGCGACCCUGGUCAGCUGCAGGAAUGCUUCAACAGUCACCUGCGUCAGACUUUCCGGGACAUGAUCUUUGAGACGGACACAAGAUGUGAUGGCAGGCAGUUGGACGAACUUAGGAAGAUCAGUUGCCAGGUGGGCCUAUACGAGCCGUUGCAUGGUAGCGCGGUGUUCCAGCGCGGGCAAACCCAGGUGCUCUGCACAGUCGCCUUUGAUUCCCCGGAAAGUGCAUUAAAGAUGGACACACUUACUAUGCUCACUAGUGGUGUAAAAGAGAAAAGCUUCUUCCUCCACUACGAGUUCCCGUCGUACGCGACCGGCGAAGUUGGCCGCUCUGGAGCCCCCGGACGCCGCGAGGCCGGACACGGAGCCCUAGCGGAGCGGGGGCUGCUCCCUGUUGUGCCGCCGCAGCCCUACGCUGUGAGGCUUACUGCUGAAGUACUGGAGUCUAACGGUUCAAGCUCAAUGGCGUCAGUAUGCGGAGGCUCCCUCGCCCUGCUGGACGCGGGCGUCCCGCUCAGCAGCCCCGCCGCCGGCGUCGCUAUAGGACUAGUCACCCGCGCUGAUGGCAACUCGCAUGUGGCUGACUACAGGAUACUCACGGAUUUGUUAGGCAUAGAAGACUACAUGGGCGACAUGGACUUCAAAGUGGCCGGCACAAGUAGAGGCAUCACCGCACUGCAGGCAGAUGUCAAGCUGCCCGGCUUGCCGCUCAAGAUCGUCAUGGAGUCAGUACAGAGGGCCUGUGACGCCAAGAGCAACAUCAUUGGCAUUAUGAACCAGUGCAUCAGCCAACCCAGGCAAGGCCGGAAAGAAAACAUGCCCGUAAUGGAAGAGCUAGAAGUGGAAAUCCACAAACGAGCGAAACUGCUGGGUCUUGGUGGCGGCAACUUGAAGAAGCUUUACGUCGAAACUGGAGUACAGAUCACCCCAAUAGAUGAAACAAAAUACAGCGUGUUCGCGCCCUCCCAAGCCGCUAUGGACGAGGCCCGCGCACGAAUAGACUCGUGGCUCAGCGCAGAGAGAACACCCGAGUUAGAGUUCGGCGCCAUCUAUAAAGCCAAGGUCGUCGAGGUCAAGGACAUCGGGGUUCUGGUGACCUUGUUUCCCGGCAUGGCGCCGGCGUUGGUGCAUAAUUCACAGUUGGACCAUAGAAAGAUAAUGCACCCAUCCGUAUUAGGCCUGGAUGUAGGCUCCGAAAUCCAAGUGAAAUACUUCGGCCGCGACCCCGUGUCGGGACAAGUGCGUCUCUCCAAGAAAGUACUCACAUCACCACCACCCGGAAUUGUGCGGAAACUUGAUAAAAGCUAGUGAACCUUAUUGUGUUGUGGAUAGAGUUGAGUGUUGAACUGGAAGUUAUUUGAAUGUUAGUGUGAAAUAGGGACACAAGAAAUGCGCUGUAAACAGCACAGGGUGCCUAGCCAAGAUGCCAAUGGUUUGCGCUGUAACGAACAAAACAUUAAUUUUAUGGGUUUAUUGGAGCGAAGCGUCAAUGUCAAGUUUAUGUUUCCGAUUAAAGCCGCGAGAUGGCGCACCCAUCCACUCGCAGAGGAGCGUCCUUGACCUGUAGAUUCCAGCACCUACUUAUCGGACGAGUCUAAUGUCAGUGUAAGUUUAAGUUUGCAAUUUAGACCACCAGAUGGCAGAACCUCCAACCAAAAAUGUAUCGUUUAUGCCAUAACACUAAAGUAUAUUGCUAAUGUAUAGUGCGACAAAAAAUAGUAGAACUAAAAUAAAAUAAAACUAAAAAAAAUUCCAUACUAAAUUGUUGCCAUGUUUAAGCAGUUUACGUCAAAAAAGUGACAGUUACGUAGGAAGUGGCGCCCUCAAUAAUUUUCUACAAUUUCUUGUCGGACUAUAACUCCAUGCUUUUAAGUGAGAUUUAUAUGGAUAAACCAAUGAUGUUUGCGUGUGUUAGACAUAUUUGGAAAUCAAAUCAAAUGACAAAAGGGUUAACCUUUUGGACGCCAAUGACCGAUAUAUACGCACCGUAGGUCCAACGCCAAAGACCGAUUAAUCCGUCAUAGACCACAGAGCAACAUAGACCUGCAUAUGGAUAAAGUUCAAUUUCAGUUUUGACACUUCGGUGACGUGGCGUCUGAGUGACAGCUUUUGUGUUUGACACGGCGUCGAAAAGGUUAAAGUUAAAACGUGACGCAUUGGCAUAUCACUGCUUGUUACAAACUCUAGUGUAAAAAAUAAAACCGGCGAAGUGCGAGUCGGACUCGCGCACCGAGGGUUCCGUACUUUUUAGUAUUUGUUGUUAUAGCGACAACAGAAAUACAUCAUCUGUGAAAAUGUCAACUGUCUAGCUAUCACGGUUCAUGAAAUACAGCCUGGUGACAGACAGACGGACAGCGGAGUCUUAGUAAUAGGGUCCCGUUUUUACCCUUUGGGUACGGAACCCUAAAAAAGACACUGUAUUAUUUAACUGGACGUAGAAAGAUGCUAAGAAUCCCAUGGACCGCAAUGAGAACAAAUGAGUCCAUUCUGAGAUAACUAAAAAUCACCAAACUACUCUCAACAAUCUGCCAGGAGAGGGCUCUCAGAUUCAUUAUGCAAAUAAUGCGAUCGCCACACCACAGCCUCGAACGUGACAUCAUACUGGG